AUGUCCGCAGAUCUGCUAGCAGAGUUUGGUCAGGCGCCUGCUCCAGACAAUAAUUCCAGACAACAGUCAUCGCAAUACCAGAAAAACUCAUUCUUCGAUGAAGAUAAGAAUAUCGAUUUCUUCGGGUCAUCGAGAAGUGUGCAGCACAACGAACGUCCCAAUCCGACCUCGGAAGCAGUCGGUCAAUUUGCAGCUCCAAUAGCUCCGUGGCAGGGCCCUGGUCAGGAAUUUGACCUUCCCCUGAAUCCACAUAGCGAUGUCUUAUUUGAUUCAGCAUUUGACACACCAGCAAGUGAUGCAGACGACGACUGGGGUGAUUUCGAGGGCCCUGAUUCAAACACUCAACAUGCACAAUCAACAGCUCUUCAGCAAUCAAUGACAGCCACAUUGUCAAAACAAAAGCCUCGGCAGGAUGCUCCACAAGUUUCUAAAACAAUUGACUUGCUAGAUUCACUUUCAAUGCAAGACUCGGCACCAGUUGUGAAACACCCGUCGGAAAUUGCCCAAAAGAACCAAAACUUUGGACCUGGUAAUAACCAACACCAGGCAACAUGGGAGGAUGAUUCAUUUGGUGACUGGGGCGAUUUUGCCGAUGCACCCGCUAGCCAACCUCCCCCCAAAGUUCCCAAAAAGAGAACAAAAGCACCUACAAAACUGCCUGUUAAACCCAAUAAGCCGCCUGCAUCAACCUGGGAUGACGAUGCCUUCGAAGACUGGGGUGACUUUUCAGAUGGGCCUAGUGUGAAGGCUGUGCCCAAAUCCAACCCCAUUUCACCACCGACAGUCCCUAGCCCAGCUCCUAGUAGCUCCGUUUCUGAGACCACAGCCCCCGCAGCCACCGUCCGUCCAACAAACAUCCCGCCACCUUCAGUCCUUCUCGAGUUAUUCUUAGACGUAUUUGAUUAUCUCCAGAAAGAGGCUAUACUCGCAAAAUCCCAGCUGCGAUCCUCGGCUCCACCGUCAUCAUCCUCAAACACCAUUUCUACAACAGCCUUGAAUAUUCACAAUGUACUUCAAUCGGCCGCCCGUGUAAUUGCAGGACGAAGUCUCCGGUGGAAACGUGAUACAAUCCUUAGUCAGAGCAUGCGAAUCGGCCCUGCCCGUUCCGGCAAAGCCGGUGGUAUGAAACUUAACAGCGUGAACAAGCAAGAGAACAUCAAAGAAGAACAAGACGCUGUUGAUGUACUUACCACUUGGCGUGAACGGGCGGCGAUUUUCAAUGCUGUUCUACAAGCGGCAGGCCAGCGGCCGAUCCCUACAGUCCCAGAUCCUAGUGGACUCAAGGUUAUUACGGCGCGGGCGGACCAGGGCGCACUGAAAGCCUCCCAUCCUUGUGCACUUUGUUCGCUUAAGAGAGACGAGCGGGUGUUACGAGUGGACGAAUCAAGUGUUCAAGAUAGCUUCGGGGAGUGGUGGACUGAACAUUGGGGCCACACAGCAUGCAGGCAAUUUUGGGAGAGGAAUCGAGAUUUGCUUGGGCAGCGUUGA